AGUAAUGGGCGAUAACAAUAUUAAAAACUAAAUGUAUAUUUAUUAGUCGUCUGUUUGUCGUAAUAUAUCGGUCAGUAUGGUUGUGAGUGUCUUAAUUAUUACGUGUUUUUUAAAGUUAGCAACAUGCAAUCCAUAUGUAUCAUCAAUAUCGAGUGCCAAGUUGCCCGCAACCACACAUGAAGCUGCCAACGUUUCACCAGGGGAUAUAAACGUGGGUCGGGAUUUGCGACCAAAAUACAGCUAUGGCUACAUCUCACAGGGCACCACGCAACCAGUUGAAGAUACUAAGCCUAGCAAUGCAAAUAAAAGAUCUAUGGGAAUUACACCUCUUAAUAUUAUGCCUACACAGAAUAUGCCGGAUAAGGUUAUUCCAGAUAAUUACGUAAAUUUUAAUGAAGCUAGUCCUUUAAUGAGUGGGCCCAAAACCGUAGAUCUCGACAAUCAUCCCGAAAUAUCAAAAAAACCAAAUGAAGUGUCGAGUACAAAAUAUCAGCAUAAACCAUUUUCAGAAACUUUUAAUAAUUUUCGUGAAAACUUAUUGAAGACCAUGGACUUAGACCUAAAAAGUAAAUCACGAAGUACGAGCCCAUUAAAAAAUGUUAAAACAAAUGAUGCAGCAGCCAUAAAUCUAGAGGCCACAUUUGUAGAGCCCCAGUUAAAAACUUUGACUACACAACCUAUACAACUAACAGAUAGUCUACCUCAGGUUCUGCCUAAUAAUUAUAAUAAUAUGUUAAGUGGCCCACAAAAUGAGAGAACGCUGGGAAAAAACGCUGAGAAUGCUGAGGAAUUUAAAGACUACACUUUUGACGCAGAAAAUAUUCCUGCAAAUAGAGCGCAAGUAUCUAGAGUAUCAUAUAGCAAUAGCAAUCCAUUUUUCCAAAUUUCGAAAGAGAAUAAAUUUGGUAAAUUAAAUCCUAAAGGUCAACAACAGGAAAUAAAAUAUAAUACACCUAAUGUGAAGCAACAAUCUAAAAUGCAACCACUAAAAAUACCACCUUAUAAACCACAAGAAAAUUCUUCUUAUUUUACUACCAUAGUACCAACAAAUCAAAAUCUACUGCCUCCAUACAACGAAGAAAGAAAUUUAACCCAGACACUCAGAAUACCAAAUAAGAAUCAGAUUAAUCCGAUUGAUUCAGAAGCAUUGUAUUCUCAGCUGAUAUCUGAUAAUGAAAAAAUAAGGGCAAAUCAAUUAAAAACUGAUCCUAGAACACUUCAAGUGCCGAUCUCUAGAAUGCCGUAUUACCAAAAUUCAAAAUCGUUAUUAAAACCAAAUAAUGAAUCAUUGCAAGAGAACCCAAUAGUAACAAUGGAUCCUAGUAGUUCAUCUAAAUUAAAUAUGCUUAAUACUUUACCUUAUUAUAGCUUUGCAGAUAAAAUUAUUCCUCUAGCGCAACCAAAUUUUACAAAUCUUAAUUUAGAAGAGAAUAUUUCAGAGGUUUCAAAUCCAGGAAUAAUUUUUAAUUCAUCCACAAAAGAAGAAAAUAUUUCUUAUCCAUUCAGAGCGCCAUAUUAUAAUAACUUUUACCAACCCUAUACAAGAUCAUAUUUUGGUCAACAAUUGUUUCCAAGAAACCAUUCAUCAACAUUAAAUCAACUGGAAAAAGUGGAUCCACAACAUUAUAGUGAAGAGGGAAAUGUCGUCGAAAAGGCUCAUAUAGCUGCUAACCCGCAAGAAAUUAAUUCCGUGGUCACCAGUCCAGACAUUAUCAUUACGACCAAACAAACUUCAAAUAACGAAGAUGAAAAUAUUUUACAAAAUUUCGCACCUCCUUAUAACCUUUAUCGACCUUAUUCAAGAUCAUUUAAUCAGCAAAUCAAACCUGAUAACCAAUCGUUGAAAUAUGAAGAUAAUGCGAGUAAAACAUAUUCAAUGAACAUUCCUGUAGACAGAAAUGUACCCAAAAAAAGCCAAACUAACCCUGAAAUAAUUCCAUCAGAGAGUCCGGAAGUCGUUUAUCAACCUGAAAAUCUACACAACGAUACAGAAAAUGUGUCUAAAUCACUUCAAACCACACCACCGUAUUAUAAUGAAUUUUACCAGCCAUUUUCAAGGGCGCAUAGUCAACAAUUAAUGCCAAGAAACCACUCACCAAAACUAAAUGAACAGGAAAAAGCGGAACCACAAAAUAACAACAAAGAGGGAAUUGUGCUCCAAAUGACUACUAACUUCCAAAAAAAUAACUCUGUGUUCGCUUAUCCAGAAACUAUACUUAGAACCGAACAAACUUCAAACAAUAAAGAUGAAAAUGUUACACAAAAUUCCCCACCACCAUAUUACAAUCGACCUUAUUCAAGAGCAUUUAAUCAACAAAUUAAAUUAGGAAACCAAUCUUUAACAUAUGAAGAACAAACAAGAAAAGCGGAUCCAAUGUUCCUUUUUUCAGAAAGAAACGUGCCACAGUCAACAAAUAAUGUUAGUCCUAAUGCACAAAUAAUUCCAUCAGGGAGUCCGGAAAUCAUUUCUCAACCAGAACAAAAUUUACACAACGAAGAAAAAAAUGAGUCCAAAAUUCUCAAAACACCAUAUAACAAUAAUUUUUAUCAACCGUUUUCGAGAGCAUUUGGUUCACAAUUGCAAUCUAGUGACCACCUAUUAAAAGAAAAGCAAUUUUCAAAUGCGACUUCUAACAACGGCGCAGAAAAAACUGAAACAUCAAACGAACUAAAUAAAAGAACGUAUGAAAAUACAUUGGACCCAAGUUUAAAAACAUCAAACAUAACUAGCGCUCAAAUAUUGCAGGAAGAUCAUAUUUUAGUAAAAACUGAUCAAAUUAGUUUGCCUGAACUAGAUGUAAAAGGGAACUUACAAAACAAAAAUGCUGAAUCCGGUGUGCUGCAAAUGAGUAAACCUCUACAGAAAAGUCUCCCACAGGUUCCUAUUUCAGAAGUAAGUAAAGGCGCACCAAUUAAGAAAGAAAGAAAUGAAUUUCAAGUGUUCAAAGAACCAUAUAAUAAAAACUUAGAUCCGUUUAAUUCUCUAACCAUAAAUCCACAAUCAUCAACUGAAAAUCAGUUAGUAAAAGCAGAACCUGAUAUUAAUGUUAAACAUAAUAUUAUACCUUACAACAUAGACGAAAGUGUUUCCCAAAUGCAGCCAUUAAGUGAAUUUUCUCCUCAUAUUAUACAGCAAAAUCUCACAGAAAGUCCUGAAGACAAUAGUUUGUCCAUAUUACCUACAGUUAAUAAUUAUAAUUUACUUGAUAACAUUAUACAGGAAGGUUUACCUUCUACAGAGCUGUCGAGUCAACUACCUUUCCAAACACAAGAAAACCUUCCGGAGCUUAUUCAACAAAUUGAAUUUUCAGAAAACAUGAGAACUAAAAACGCAAUAGCAACACCGGUUUAUAAUUUAGGAGCCAAAACUAAGUGUACACAGUCAUCUCAUAACGCUAAACUCUUGGAAAACAGAGACCAAAUAUCCAGAGUGUCAUACUUCGACAGAUUAAAUCCGUUUAAUUCAAGAGGAUCAAUUCAACAAGCGGCACCUUACAACCAAAUAAUAAAUGAAAAUAAACAAAUACCUAAACCAAAUCAAAAUAUUCUUUCUCAAAAUACGAACAAUUAUAACAUACCGAAUAAUGAAUUUUCAAAUAAAAAUGAAGCCUUAGGACUACUAUUAAUACCUCAACAACAUAAUAAAAAAUCACUUCCAAUAAAAUAUAUACUUGGUAGUAAUUCAGAUGAUGAAAAAAUGGAUAACGAAGUGACAAAAUCUUUUGGAGCUUUAGAUUCUAAAAACCUAAACCCUUCUUAUAAUGGUGGUAUACCUGGAUACGACUCACAAAACACAAAAGUGCCGUAUUAUAACAGCUUUAAUCCUUUUAUUUCUAAUAAAAUCAAUAAACAAACGUUACCUAGUAGUCAAAGGAUGAAAGUCAAACCAACGGAAAGCUUAGAUCAAGACCUACCGACAAAAGAAUAUGUAAAUAAUGCUUUACAUAAUGAUAAAGGAACAGAAAGUGAUUCCGAAAUAUUGAAAAUUAAUAUUCCUUUACAAUUUCAAGAAAAACCUCAAGAUCCUCCUACAUCUGAUGUAUUUGAUAGUCAAGGAAAGGCGAAAGUAAAGAAUGAAAUUAUUCAAUAUUCUGAUACUCUAGAGCCUACAACACAACAAUAUGCGUUUUCACAAGAUAUUAGAAGAGUUGAAUAUGAAUCACAAGCAAACGGAAUAUCAUGCAAUAAUAGCUCUCAACCGUACAAUGCCAAUGAACUAAAUCAACAACUAUCUUAUGACAAUCAAAAGCAAUACGAGGAUAAUUCUAGUAAAUUAAUAAUAAGAAACCAAAACACAAUGCCAAAGUUGGACAUAAAUAUAAAUAUACCAAACUCUGAAGAUGUUUGCAAAAACAAUCCACUAGAAAUUACUAUAACAGAAAAACCUAACAAAGCCUGCCCAGGAAAAAUAAAUGAUAAUAUUGCACAGAAUAUAAUAAUUGAUAUUAACAAUGGAAAUGAAAAUUUUUGCAAAUGUCUAAACCUUAGCCAAAAAUGCGAUAAAAUCACAAGCAUUGGUGACUUUAUUCCAUGUUUAACAGAAGAGUCAAACGUAACAAAAGAAAACAAUUGCACAAAAACCACUGUUGAAAGUUCGGAAUUUAAAGAAAUUGUUCCUAGCAUCGAUCUUAAUAAUUUUUCAUCAUACUUAGCAGAUACAAUUUUGUCAGCUGUACAGUCAUUUUUAGUACAACCAAAUUGUUCAAGUCUCAAUAAUAUCGUUGCGAAAAAUAAUUUUGACAUUGUUAAUAUUAAAAAUUCAGUUUGUAAUUGCUCCCAGAUCAAAAUUCCAUUACAAAAUAUAUUAGAGCCAGUAAAUAAUACAAAUGAAUCUGCAGUUCCAUUAUUAAAUAUCAAAGAAGAAAGCAACCAUAGUGCAAUAAAAUACCAGUGCCCAGGAACAUUACAGAAAGAUGAGGUAAAAACCGAUACACUACUUAAGGCGACUCCCUGUUUGGAGCCAAAUCUUGCCUCACAAGAAGAACAAUCAAAUAAAGCAAGUGAGAUAUUAUGUCCUGCUUUGAAUAAAACAAUCGUUAAUAAUGUUACUGGAAUUCAAUAUAACAAAACAGAACCGAAUGGGAUGACUAAGGAUUCAUGUAUAUGUACAAAUAAAACACUCCAAAUCCCACCACAUAUUGAUAACAACCCAUAUUCAGAUAGAUCAAAUGCAGAUGGUAAUGUAUUAGAAACUGAUAGUAAAACUCAUAUAAUAUGUACUUCAACGAAUAAAACACGCCAAGUUCUACAAAACGAUAAUGAAAACCCACCUAAUGUCAAUACUAAUGAAAUCACGACGUCACAUCAAAGUCCUCAAGUUUUACUACCAUAUUACUAUUAUGUAGAUCACACAAACGUGACAUCAAGUGAUACAGAACCCAUACCUAAGCCCAUCAGUCGGCCAAGCAAUACUUCAGAAGAAGAAAAAAGUGUUGUAAUAUGUCAGGAAAACGAUACCGAAACUAUACCAACAGUAAUUUACGAUAAACCUGAAGAAGUGGAAAAGACAUACCAUGGCCCCAAGCCAUGUUUAUCAAAAAUAACUGUUAAUAUUAUGCCCAUCGUAGAUAAAAGUAACCACGAUAUUCUUGUUUUUAUUUAAAGCAGGUGUUAAU